AACAUAAUUCGCAAAUAUGGAGAGCCAGGUUGAAAGGCUCGUCGAGAAGGCGUGGAAGAAGUAUGAGGAAACGCCAAAGGAUAAGAGAUUAUUGAUCGGCGUUGCUGGUAUCCCCGGCUCAGGCAAAACGACCUUCUCACAAAUCAUCACCGACCGAAUCAAUGCCCGCGCCUCCUCUUCAGAUCCUUCCUCUCCUCCUCCAGCAACAUUCGUUCCCAUGGACGGCUUCCAUCUCACCCGCGCCGCCCUCUCCGCUAUGCCAGACCCUGAUACCGCCCAUUUCCGCCGCGGCGCAGCCUUUACCUUCGAUGCAUCCAAGUUCCUCACCCUUGUCCAAGCACUCUCCAAGAGGCCAAUUCCACCAGAGCCAAUUCUUGCGCCAUCCUUUGAUCAUGCGCUGAAAGAUCCUCGAGAUGACGAUAUUGUCGUCAAGCCGGAGCAUCGUGUUGUUGUGCUUGAGGGGAACUACCUUGCGCUAGAUCAGGAUGUUUGGAGAGAUGCGGCGAAGCUUCUUGAUGAGGUCUGGUUCGUUGAGGUGGAUUUUGAGGUUGCGAGGAGGCGACUUCGAGAGAGACAUGUAAGAGCAGGUAUUGUGAAGGGUCUUGAGGAGGGAGAUAGAAGGGCCAUGGAGAAUGAUCUAGUCAAUGGUAAAGAGAUCAUUGACUUUAGACUUCCAGUAGAUGAAGUGAUCCAAAGUCGCGAAGACGGAAGUUGGGUGCAUGAAUAG